AAGAUUUCAUACAAAUCAAUAUAGGUCGAUAAGAUAGUUGUCAAAAAAAUUUCAUAUAGCAACAGGCCUGUGUACUUUUUUGAGGCAGUGACUUGCAAAACAUCUGUCGUUCUGGACGGACAGAGGUGCACUUGGCUCAGUAUUCAAGGCGGUAGCCAGUUGUAACUGCAAAAGAAAUGGAACGCCUGAAGAACACAAUUCUGAUUGGCAUUCUAGUUGCCAUGGCAACACGCAGGACGCAAUCAUCAAAGAUUCUGCUCAUCCCUGUGAGGCAGACUAGUCACAUUAUGGAAAUGAACAGUUUAGCAAUCCCCCUGAUGAGUAAAGGUCACAAGGUCACAAUGGUGUUACCGGACGAGACAAAAGUUCCGACAAAAGUCGAAAAAAGUGGAAUGCAAAUUUUACGAUGGCAAUUUACCAAUGAGACCAGUAAAUACGGACAGGGACUCGGUGGAAACUUCAUCGAAGAAGCAUUUGAAGAAUUCUUUAAUGGGGAAGGAACGUUCCUGGGAAAGAUGAUGCAUAACAUUCCAAGAGAUUACCAAGCGCUUGUCAGUGAAUGCCAUGGAACGCUUGGUGAUCACGCCUUGAACAAGAAACUGCGAGCAGAAAAGUUUGAUCUGGUGAUUGUUGAUGGACUAUUUAUGUCUCGCUGCUUCUUUCUAAUCCCAUUCAGGAUGGGGGUGCCAUACAUCGGAUUCAGCGCUAUAAUUCCACCGGACAUCAUGUCAACAACGUACAUCCUUAAUUCAAUAACGCCUUCAGAUCUUUCCACGUUUGGAACAGGAAUGACCUUUUUUCAAAGGCUAUUGAAUAUCCUCUUCACACAUGGACCCCUUUUUUUGAUGAGAAAUUUCGUACACAAAAAACCAGAGCUUGAGAAGUAUGCCGACGGAAGGCAUUUUGAUUCACUAGCACAGUUGAUAUCAGAAUCAAAACUUUGGUUAGUUUCUCAACACCCCUUACUAGACUUUCCAAAACCGAAACCCUCAUUUGUGAUUCCGAUUGGUGGUCUAAAUCCAACACCUCCCAAACCCUUACCAGAGAAGAUACAGGCAUUCGUCGACAAAUCUAAAGGUGGCAUGGUCAUCAUUAGCUUUGGUGGCUCGGUCAAACAGUUGCCACAAAGGUUUCUAGCAAGUAUCCUAGAAGCAGCAAACAAGCUUCCAAAUUACAGUUUCUUGAUGCGAAAUAAGGAGUAUGCCGGUAAGCUGCCAAGUAAUGUCAUGAUGGUCGACUGGCUGCCCCAGAAUGAUGCGCUAGGACAUCCAAAGACGAAGCUUUUCAUCACCCAUUGUGGUAGCGGGGGGCAACACGAGGCCCUGUAUCAUGGCGUGCCGAUGUUGGGCUUCCCCGGAAUCGCUGACCAGUUCCAUAAUGCUGCGCGCAUGGUAGAACGUGGCUACGGGCUAAAAAUGAGCCUCAACGACUUCACCACAGAAGAACUGGUGGCGAAUCUAAAAACUCUGCUCAACACCGAGACACACCGAAUGAACAUAAAACAUGCUGCGGAAAUCAUGCAUAACCCACUCAACAAACCUGAUGAGACACUUAUAUACUGGAUCGAACACGUCAUGAAAUACGGUGGCGAUCACCUGAAGAUUAAUUCAGACUUGAACUGGUUUCAAAUUCUGAUGUGGGACAUCUGUCUAUUCCUACUAGUGGUAUCUGUGUUGAUUAUUUGGAUCAAUUUCAAGAUACUUCAAUGUUGCUAUAGAAAAUGUUGUGCCAAGAGAUCGAGGCCCAGGCCAAAGGCAAUGAAAAAACAAGAUUAGCUUUACUGCACUACCAAAUCCACUAUAAUGCAAUGGUAGUAUUUAGCAAGCAAGAGGAUCAUACUCUAGCUGUAUAUCGCACUCCUUCAUUCAUUUUAUCAGCACUGAUCUAAAUAAUAGCCCAUGAAUUGUACAAAUAAGAAGAUAACAAAUAUGAGCUGCUUCCAAUACUAACUGCCAUAAUAAAUGCAUCGCUAAAAGCUAGCUGUGUCCCCCGCACUUUUAAAUCUGCGCUCAUUAGGCCUCUACUAAAGAAGCCAGGUCUCGACUCUGACAUUCUCAGAAACUACCGCCCUGUGUCAAACCUACCCUUUGUGUCGAAGGUUGUGGAGAAGGUCGUUGAUGCCCGCCUAGAACAUCACCUCCUGUCCAACUCGCUGCAUGAAGAAAUGCAAUCCGCCUACCGAAGAGGUCACUCAACAGAGACCGCUCUACUAAGGGUUCAGAGCGACAUCCUUGGUAGUUUGGACAGGGGUGAUGUGACAGUGCUUGUCAUGAUCGACCUCUCUGCAGCCUUCGAUACCAUUGACCAUAAGAUCCUUCUAAAAAGGUUUGAACAGUUAUUUGGCAUCACUGGCUCUGCUCUUGCCUGGAUUGCAUCAUAUCUUGAUGACAGGUAUCAGACCGUCGUUAUUAAUCGUCAAAGAUCUACGGCUGUUCUCUUAAAAUAUGGUGUUCCACAGGGGUCAGUGUUGGGCCCAAAAAUGUACUGCAUGUACACAAAGCCACUUGGCAACAUAACAAGAAACCAUGGCCAAGGUCAUCAUUUUUAUGCUGAUGAUGCCCAGCUUUAUGACUCUUUUAAUCCGGUGAUCCAACAUGCACAGGAAGAUACAAUUGACUGUCUUGACUUAUGCAUAACUGACAAUGGUUCCUGGUUGAAGGAGAACAUGCUGAAAAAGAACGACGACAAGACGGAGGUGGCACUCUUUGCA